AUGUCUGCUGACAUCGAACAGUCCCAUGAAAUUGCCUUGAUUGAAGUGGGCGAAGAGGCGCCAGGCGUCCAGCACCGUCAAGUUGGCCUGAACCACAUGGCAUGGAUGAUGGAGAGCCUGGACGACUUGAAAGAGUUUUACUGCCGGCUGAAGGAAAAGAACGUCCCCAUAGGCCACAUCUCCGACCACGGCAUUUCUAUAGGUAUCUACUUCAGUGACCCGGACGGGAACGGUGUCGAGGUUUCAUACGAAUUGCCUCGGAGCCAGUGGAACCGUGAAGAGAAUAUUUUCAUGGGUGAAGGCCGCAUGUCCGGACACUUUCCCGGGCCUUGGGACGAAGAAAUGGCAGCUACGCAAGCAGCUACCAGAUAG